AGCCUUUUCGCGGGAAUUUUCUGAAUUGUUGACAUACAUUACACGCAAAAUAAAAAAUAUUUGUUUCGCCGCAUUCCCAUUCCUGGACCAAUUUUAAUCCGAAUUAUGAGUUCAAAUAAAUACUUUUUUAUUGUGAAGGAUCGUGUGACCGAUGCCGCUGUAACAGAGGAUUUUUUACAAAUUGUUGAUUUUCGGAAUCCUGCGACGGGAAAACCGGCUAAGUACAUGCUGCGUGAGGAAAGCAUCGAGCUGUUCGAACUCAAUUGUUUUUCCGAGAACAAUAGGUCGUGGUUUAUCAAUGAAUCAGUAUGCUCAAAUGGUCAAAUAUAUUUGCCAAGUAGGAUUGACCCUUUAUUUCUGGUCCUACCGUACAUAGAAAAAAACUGCAGCAUCAAGUCUAUUCCCUUAGAGCAUGUAUUAAUUGAUGACGAAUUUCCGCAUACCGUGAAACUAAUUAAUUUUGUGUCCCGAGGAAAUCAGUUAACUUUGAUAGCCGACGAGAAGAACGUGGGUAACAUCCGAGCAUACCGCUACAAUGAAGAAAAAGUAUUAAAUUGGCUUCGAGAAAAGUGCGUAAUAUUAGAAAAGGCUUUAGGGAAAAGUGUAAAAUCUGCAUGUUCUUCCAAUUUCAUCAAAGAAGAAAAAGAAAACAGUUAUAAACAAAACGAAAUGCUCUCGUAUGCACACGGAAUCAUUUCGGAUUAUCUAAGCUUGGAGCUCAGUAAUAAGCUAGCUUCAGAAUUGGGUGUUCAGGAGGAAAAGUCUCACAAGCGUAAGUCCACUGUUGACGUAAGCAUUCAACAACUUAAGAAAAUAAAAAAAGAAGAAAGUAUUGAAACGACUCCUAUCAAAGCCGUGGCACCAACGAAGAAAGUCAGUGCCAAAUCUAAAGCUCUUGCAAAAGCAGCAUCCGGAACAAAAGGUAUAGCUAGUUUUUUCAAAAAAUAAUUUAGAUUUAUUAAUUAUUCUACAAUACAAAUUAUAUUUCUAAUUUAAAAAAAAAGUGUAUCAAUCGAAUCGACUUCCAACGUACAUGGUUAUUGAUGAUUAACUAACUAGAAGGGGCUGGUAUAUC